GCGGUAACUCUCCUUUACAGCCCGGAGAGAAGAAGAAUCUGUUUGUGUUUUACGACAGUGGAGCAGGUUUCCGGCACACGUGUGUAGAGUCCGGUCCGGUGGUGUUGACGGUGAGCAGCAUGGCUAAAGUGACACUAAAGAAGAAGAAGAAAGUGAGUAAAAAGGAGGAGAAGAAGAGCGCGGAAGUGAAGGAGGAGAGCGCGGAGGUGGUUUAUGAUGAUGAUGAGGAGGAUGAAGGUUCGAAUGAGGAGGAAGAGAGUGAGGAGGAGGAGGAGGAUGAAGAUGAGCGCAGACGGAUGAAGCUCCUGGAGGCCAUCAGCUCUCUGGGGGGUCAGAGGAAGAGGAGGACUCUGGGGGAGAGGUCCGAGGCCGCCGUGCACGUGACCGAGUUCGGAGUGACCGCGGAGGGAGAGGGAGACAAGGUCCAACUGAAGGACCUGAUCGGAACCGUGGAGAAGACCCCCACGGUACCGAGCAAGACCAAGAGACAGCUGAGGACCCUGCAGGGGGGCGACAAGACCAUCGAGUGUCCCCUCAGCAAACAGGAGCACGAGAGGAUCCAGAGGGGCGUGGCCUUCCAGAAGGCGGCCUCAGAGGUGGACCAAUGGAAGUCCAUCAUCCAGCAGAACCAGAGAGCCGAGCAGCUGGUCUUCCCCCUGAACCGGGAGCCGUCCGGACCCAAACCCAUGGAGCGGGUGGUGUCCGGCUGGAAGGCCAGGACGCCGCUGGAGGAGGAGAUCUUCGCCGUCCUCAACGCCAACAAACAGCCCAUCCUGGACCCGGUCCUGACCCCGGCGGAGGAGGCGUCCAUCAGCGCCAUGAGCCUGGAGGAGGCCAAGAUCCGGCGAGCAGAACUUCAGAAGGUCCGGGCGCUGCAGUCGUACUACGAGGCCAAAGCUCGCCGCGAGAGAAAGAUCAAGAGUAAGAAGUACCACCGGGUCCAGAACAAGGCCAAGAGGAAGGAGUUCGUGAAGCGCUUCGACGACAUGGUCAAGACGGACCCGAGCGGCGCCCUGGAGGAGCUGGAGAAGAUGGAGCGGGCCCGCAUGCAGGAGCGGAUGUCCCUGAAGCAUCAGAACAGCGGCAAGUGGGCCAGAUCCAAGGCCGUCAUGGCGAAAUACGACGAGGGCGCCCGCCGAGCCAUGCAGCAGCAGCUGGAGGUCAACAAGGAGCUGACGCAGAAGCUGGUGACGGCGCCGAACGACGAAGACGAGGAGGAAGAGGAGGAGCAGGGAGGAGACGCAGAGCUGCUGCCGGACUUCGUGAACGACGCAGAGCGAGGAGCGGACUCCUCGAACCCGUGGAUGAGGGGGAAGCUGUCCGAGGAGAAGGAGGCGGAGGAGGAGAGCGAGAGAGUGGACCUGACUGCAGAGGAGGAGGUGAAGGAGACGGAGGAGGAGGAGGUGAAGGAGACAGAGGAGGAGGGGCUCCUCAAAGAGUUUGAGAGGAGGAGGAAGCAGCGACAGGAGCAGGAGGUCAAGAUGAUACCUGUGGAGGAGGAGGAGGAGGAGGAGAAAGAGAGCGAGAGAGUGGACCUGACUGCAGAGGACGAGGAGAAGGAAGGAGAGGAGGAGGAGGAGGAGGGAGAGGAGGCUGGAGGAGAGGAGGAGGAGCUGUCAGAGUUCAAAAACCUCUACAGAGAAAUAACUGAAUCUGAGCGGGCGGAGGAAAAGGAGGAGGACCCCUCGCCUCUCCUGGAGGAGAGUCUGGCGAGGAUCAGAUCUCUGGAGGACACAGAGGAGCUCCUCGCUCAGGAGGAGGCAGCGGUUGCUCCUCCUCCUCCUCAGACUCCUGCUGCAGAAGAAAACUCGGCGCCUGCAGUUAAAAAAGUGGAAAAACCAAAGAAGAGGAAGCGAGGGAUCGAGCUGAGAGACGUCCUCACCAAAGACACCAGAGCCGUCCACGUCCCGCUGACUCAGACCGUGGAGGACGGCGAGGAGGAGGAGGACGAGGAGGCGGACCAGAGAGGGCUCAUCAAAGAGGCGUUCGCAGGAGACGACGUCGUGUCCGACUUCCUGAGGGACAAGAGAAAUCAGGAGGACGCCGGGAAGCCGAAGGUGGUGGAUCUGACGCUGCCCGGCUGGGGGGAGUGGGGAGGUUCGGGUCUCGCCCCGUCCAAAAAGAAACGGAGGAGAUUCAGGAUCAAAACGGCGCCGCCUCCGCCCAGAAAAGACCAGCGCCUCCCGAGCGUCAUCAUCUCAGAGCAGAGGAACAGCGCCAUCGCCCCCCACCAGGUCAGCAUGCUGCCCUUCCCCUUCCAGACCCAAGCCCAGUUCGAGGGAACCAUCCGCACGCCGCUGGGCCGCACCUGGAACACGGAGCGCACCGUCAAGAAGGUCGUCAUGCCCAAGGUGGUGACCACGCUGGGCGCCAUCAUCGAGCCGAUGGCGAAGGAGGAGCUUAUAAAGGAGAAGCAGCAGCAGCAGACGACGAUGACGAUGGCGGCGAGUCAGAGUGCGGUGGAGAAACAGAAGAAGAGCGAGAAGAAGAAUUCAAAGACGGCGAAGAAGAAAAGACGAUGAAAAAAGACGAUUUCUGUUUGAUGUUAAAAUCUGAUCAAUAAAAAAAGAUUAGCAGGAAUAUUUCUGAUCGAUCAGCUGUUAGAGUAAAACACUGAAGCUGUAAGAACAGAAACUCUGAGUUUAACAAUCUCAGAGUUUUCAGAGUUCAUGAUGUUGUUUUAUUCUGAGACACGAAACGCGGAUUAAAAACACAGAACUUUAGAAACGAGUAAAUGAGGGUUAUAGAGAUUAAAAAAAGAAAUCCAUUUAAACACACAAACCUGUUCAAAUGAGUGAGCGCUGACCCCGGUCUCCCCUACGUCUGCGUUUCCUUCCUCAUGGUUUUUGUCUCAGAUUUGAUUUCAACACGUCCUCAGAGUUUGAGUCGAUGAUUCUUCACCUGCUUUAUUCAGAAAUGUUUGUCAAUGAUUUUUGCUGUUCAUAAAGUUAUUGUUGAAUUCUGUUUUCUGUUCCCUCUCCAUUGUCCCGGUACCGGACGGGUCUGACUGGACUGAGCUGGAGCUCCUGAACUCCCCUGAAAGAUUAUCUUAUCUUUAUUUACACCUUCAUUAAUCUGGUCGCUGAUAUAUGUCAUGAAAUUCCUUUUCUUGUCAGUGAUCUGCUCUUUUGAUUAAAUAAAUAAGUUCUCUAAAUAAGUUCUGAUGAAGUUUCACUGCUGCCCUGGAUGUAACAUGAGCGCCCUCUGCUGGACAGAGUCGAAAAUGCCUCCUGUUGAUUGUAAGAAAUAAUUGUUAUAAUAGUAAUAAUAACUACAAUAAUAAUAAAUG